CUUUCUAUUUUCACUCACUCGUACGGGGAGUGGGACAGAAUGAUCUCCUCGGAGAAAGCAAACAUGGAUCUGACAGGGUUCAGGGUUGAGAUAUAUUAAUUGUCAUCAUUAAUUACUCGAAUUAUUCUUCUAAUUAUUAUUUUCUUCAUUUGGACGGGUGCUACACAAUGAGCCUGGAAACACUGAAGCUUGCUGGAGAUGAUCAGAUAAAGGAAGUUUGAAGAUAAGAUUUUGCCUUCAAUAAAAGUUAUCCAUCUGGUUCCUGAAAAUAGAAGCUCUACACUGCAGUAUGAACCUGACCAGCCUGAUGAACAUCUUAUUCCUAUUAUUUACAUUGUGUGGUCUUCAGGGAUCUGCAGUCACACACUCGGUGCAGUACCUCUACACCAUGUUAAAGCCACAACUCACUUUCUCAGAGUUCAAUGCCGUGGGUCUACUGGAUGGAGAGCAGUUCAUGUCCUACAAUAGCACUACCAGGAUGCUGAUAGCAGAGGACUGGAUAAAGAAGAUUGAGCGUGAAGAGUUAUGGAAGAGCUUGAAGCAGGAUAUUCAGGGUCACCAGGAUGGACUUAAUAAAAUCAUCAAAACACUGUUGAAAGUGUUUGUUAACAUUACAGAUGUUCAUACUCUACAGAGGAUGUACGGCUGUGAGGUUGAUGACGGCAACACUAGUGGAUACGAUCGCUAUGGUUAUAAUGGAGAAGAUUUGAUGAGUCUGGAGCUGAAAACUGCAACCUGGAUUGCAGCGAAUGAUAAAGCCGAGCUCGUCAGAAAGAUGUGGGAUCCUGAUGGGAGUCAAGCUAAAGGCUGGAAGACCUUCCUGGAGAAUGAUUGUAGUGAGCAGUUAAAGCGAUACAUGUCUUAUGGCAAAGAGUCUGUGGAGAGGAAAGUUCCUCCUACAAUGUCCAUGUUCAAGACACCCUCGUCUUCUUCAGAGGUGGUGUGUCAUGCUACAGGAUUCUUCCCCAGAGCACUGAAUAUCUCCUGGCUGAAAGAUGGACAGAAUGUUUAUAAGGAUUUAGGAAAGACAUUACCCAAUCUGGAUGGAAGCUUCCAGAAGAGGAGCAUCCUGGAAGUCUCUACUGAGGAGCUUCAGAAACACAACUACACCUGUGUGAUUGAGCACAGCAGCUUGGAGAAGGAUUUGGUGCUUGUUCCUGUGAGCGAGUGCCGAACCCUAAAAGGUGGAGGAUCACAAGAAGGAGUGAUUGGUUUCCUUGUCGGGAAUCACAUUAUCAUUUUUAUUGUUAUUGUUGGAAUUUUGGUCUGGAAGAGGAAGAAGAUCAAAUUCUGUUCCAAAUGUCCUAGUUGGACGAACACUGGACACUCCCCUGUUUCACAAACAUAAAUAUAUUGGAUGGUCAGACCUCUGCAAGAUGAUAAAGAAAAGCAAGGACACACUUUUGCAUUUAGAGCUACAGACAAGUACAAACCCUUUAACACACUCUGUGGAUUAGCGUUUUUGUUUUUUUUGUAUUAAAACUACCUCUGAGGCUUUGAGGUAUGUGUUAGAAAAAGCUCCUUCACCUUAAAUGAUUCAUUCUCAUCCAAGCUAAAGUUCUGUGUUGAGAAUUAAGUGAAUUAUAUCCACCUGAAGUGCCAAUUUAUAGCUUUCAUGCUUUCUGACACCAGUAUUUUUAUUGAUCCAAUGGGAACUGGAAUUAUCAUCCAGAAAAACAUCACUCUAGACCAAAGGUUCACACAUUUUCUGCUAUGAAGGGCCUGAAACAAUCGAUUGAUUAUGUAAUAUUUACAAAUAAAAGAAUAGAAUGUAUUCCUCUGUAAAAUAAAUGUCAUUUCACUGUGAUUUUAAACAUAGAAACAAUCCCAUUUAUAACGCAACAUAGUUUUCAGUCUAUCGACUGGGACAUGGUCCGCGUUUGGGCAUCUGAUCUAGAAAAUCAUUUCCCUCCACUAUUUCAGUGGUCAUGUGAAACUUUUUCUUACAACUGAGAGUAUUUUUGUAGAAAUGUUUCUAAGGUGAAAUGUGAUUUAUAUUGUGUAUUAAUGGCAUUAUUGAUGGUGCACUGGAAAAACAUGUUUUGUACAUAUUAUUAAAAUGGAGUAAAAGUCUAAA